AUGCUGCAAAACGACGUAGAAGUCAGCAAGGACAACGUCUUCGACAUGGACGUGUCUGACAACACCGUGGUGAACACCGAGGACACAACAUCCGAAUGUCAGUCGCCGGAAAAGAAGAAACGUUCAAGAAAGUCGCGUGCAAAGUCACGUGAUCCUCUGCAUCAGAAAAAGAUGCAGGUUUCCAGACGAGGACGUGCAAAUGACAGGGAAAGGAACAGGAUGCAUAGUCUCAACGAUGCCCUCGACGUCCUACGUACAACGUUGCCAACGUCUUCAGACGGAAAGCUGACCAAAAUCGAGACUCUCCGAACAGCGUACAACUACAUCUGGGCCUUGUCUCAAACGCUGAAGAUCAUUGACAGUGAUGACAAGGUUUCCUCAACGAAACCCGAGAUGGACACACUACCGUGCUCCUUCACCCCCAGCAACCCUGUCUCACCCUCCAACGACUUCUACAUGUCCCCUCAUCCUGAGUCCCCCGGCAGCGACAUCUCAAGCCAGUACAGUCAGCAGGACUCCACCUUCGUCGACAGCGACUACAGCCAACAAGAUUCCACCUUCGUCGACAGCAUGAACCAGAGCUCUUUCUCCUACACAGACAAUACUGAAGGCUACGGUUACCAUGACUCCCAAGAGAAGAACUUUUACUACCAACAGAGUCAAAGCAAGCCUCAGCAGUAUUCUCUCAACACCCCAUACGAAUACCCCAACGGACAGUGUCUCUACCCCUUCCCCCAACCCCAGGGAAUGGGCAGCAUGACCUCUCUAGUGCUAUAG